AAAUUGCAGUAAUUUCUGUAGAGCUCUUCUUCACCGUUCCCAAAGAAUCAGCAAUUUGAUACCCAAUCCAGCUACAAUUCUUCUCUCAGCUUAACUUUUUUGUUUCACCAAUGGCGUGCCACUUCCUUAUUUAUACCCACCCCCACCUCCGUUUAUCUCCCGACACCCCUCUCACUCUACAACCUUCUUCUUCCUCAGCCGCUUCAUACUGUCGGCAAAAUCUCCCCACACUCAAUUUUCAUUACAAAAAGGGUUGUAAUUUUUAUACUAGGAGGAAGAGUGUGGUUUGUUCAAUGGCGACUGAGAACAAAGUGAUUUCUGGUGAUAGAAUGCUGGUGUUUGUUCCGCCACAUCCUCUGAUUAAGCACUGGGUAUCAGUUCUUCGAAAUGACCAGACGCCUUGCCCUGUUUUCAAGAAUGCCAUGGCUGAGCUAGGUAGAUUGCUUUUGUAUGAAGCUUCAAGAGAUUGGUUGCCUACCAUAACAGGAGAGAUCCAGUCACCAAUGGGUAUUGCAUCUGUGGAAUUCGUUGAUCCAAGGGAACCUGUUGCAAUUGUUCCCAUCUUGAGAGCUGGUCUGGCUCUUGCAGAGCAUGCAACAUCAAUUUUGCCUGCUACAAAAACAUAUCAUUUGGGAUUAAGCAGAAACGAAGAAACACUUCAGCCCUCUGUAUACUUGAACAAGUUGCCUGAUAAAUUUCCUGAAGGUUCUCGUGUGAUUGUUGUGGAUCCAAUGCUCGCAACUGGUGGUACAAUCGUUGCAGCUAUUGACCUAAUAAAGGAACGUGGGGUUGACAAUAGUCAGAUUAAAGUGGUAUGUGCAGUGGCUGCUCCUCCUGCUCUCACAAAGCUUAGUGAGAAGUUUCCACGAUUACAUGUAUAUGCUGGAAUACUUGACCCAACUGUUAAUGAGAAAGGGUUUAUUAUCCCCGGAUUGGGUGAUGCUGGAGACCGUAGCUUUGGCACAUGAAGUAAACGCGAAUCAGUUGAUGAAAUUUCUUGCCAUAUCUAUCAUUCUUUAUAGAAGUGAAACACACCUUGUGAUGGCGCGAGUUGGGCGAUGACCCCCUUCCCCCCAUCCCCACCCAUGUUGCUUAUCUUGUUUUCCACCAUAUCACUGUUUCCCAAUUUUGCUAAAGUUCUUUCCUAUUUCUGUUUCAUUUUUUAAAGGACGUGUAAUGGGUAGAGAAUAUUGAAGAAGUGUGAAAUAGCUUGAAAUGAAGGUUAAAACGCCAAAGUUUUGGCGAUCUCA